AUGUAUUCGCUUAGAACAUUUAGUUUCAGGUUAAAACCUUGUGUGCAAACCGUGACUGUUCAGACAUCAAAGAGGUGUUUGAACAGUUCUGCCCGUCCUUUGGCUGUUUCCGGUAUCGCAUUCAAUAAUGUCAAAGUGGCCACCUUUAACUUCAUAAAUUCGUCAAAAGUCCAUGGCACGUCAUCGAUACGAUUUAAUUCACAGAGAUGCGGCAUAAUUAAUAGAACUUAUGCGACCGAAUCAGCUAAAUUCAAACGUGGAAAACCACACGUAAAUAUCGGCACAAUCGGGCAUGUGGAUCACGGAAAGACUACUUUGACGGCUGCGAUCACUAAAUGUUUGUCGAGCAAAGGGCAAGCACAGUUCAAGGAUUAUGGUGAAAUUGAUAAAGCUCCUGAAGAGAAAGCCAGAGGAAUUACCAUUGCUACAGCACACGUAGAAUAUGAAACUAAUACCAGACAUUACGCACAUGUCGAUUGUCCUGGUCACGCCGAUUACAUCAAAAACAUGAUCACUGGUGCAGCUCAGAUGGAUGGAGCUAUUAUCGUUGUGUCAGCUACAGAUGGACAAAUGCCUCAAACUCGGGAACAUUUACUACUUGCUCGACAGGUUGGUGUUUCAAAUCUUGUGGUAUUUAUCAACAAAGUCGAUGCGGUAGAUGAUCCAGAGAUGUUGGAAUUGGUCGAAAUGGAAAUGCGUGAUUUGUUGACACAAUAUGGAUUUGAUGGUGAAAAUACGCAAAUUAUUCAAGGAUCCGCUCUUGCAGCUCUUGAAGGAAGAGAUCCUGAGAUUGGAGAAAAGGCUAUAGAAAAAUUGAUGGACGCAGUGGAUAAGCAUAUUCCUACUCCUGUCAGGGAUCUGGAUAAACCCUUCUUGAUGUCCAUCGAAGGCAAAGGAACUAUUACGAAAGGUGCAGAAAUUGAGAUUGUUGGUAUGGGUACUCCAACAAAAACCAUUUUAACAGGCAUUGAGAUGUUUCACAAAGAACUUGAUAAGGGAAUGGCAGGAGAUAAUAUGGGGGCCUUAUUACGGGGUGUUAAACGAGAGCAAAUUCGAAGAGGACAAGUCAUCGCAGCACCUGGUACAGUGAAAUCACAUAAGAAAUUUCUGGCACAAUUGUAUAUCUUAACAAAAGAAGAAGGGGGAAGGCAUACACCAUUUAUGCAGAAUUAUAGGCCACAGAUGUAUUUUCGUACAUCUGACGUUACGGUAAAUUUAACGUAUCCCAAGGGAACGGAAAACCCAGAAGAAAAAAUGGUCAUGCCAGGUGAUAAUGCCGAAUUAGAAUGUGACCUUGUACAUGACGUUGCGGUCGAGCCCGGGAUGAGGUUUACAGUACGCGAAGGUGGAAAAACUGUUGGGACAGGUGUUAUCACUCAAAUUCUUGAAUAA